AUUGAGUACGCAAGAUCAUAUUGAUAAUUUGAACUCACGAUAUCUUUACUCGUAUUAGCUUUUUUUUUUUUAAAGCUAGAACGACAGUAUAGGCACAUCAUUUUGCCGAAAGCCACAAUAAACAAAAACUUGAAAUUACUUUAUUCGUCCCUUCGUAGUAAUUUUGAGAGAAAAGGUCAUCGUAGCUUCGGGUUUAGCGUAAAUCAAGUGAGAGCAGACGACAUAUCACCAUGUCGGGGCGAGGAAAAGGCGGGAAAGGACUGGGGAAGGGCGGCGCCAAAAGGCACCGGAAAGUGUUGCGUGAUAACAUCCAGGGGAUCACCAAGCCAGCAAUUCGACGCCUGGCCCGGAGGGGAGGUGUCAAGAGAAUCUCCGGUCUCAUCUACGAGGAAACCCGUGGCGUUUUGAAGGUUUUCCUCGAGAACGUUAUCAGAGAUGCUGUAACCUACUGCGAGCAUGCCAAACGCAAAACAGUCACUGCGAUGGAUGUAGUUUACGCCCUCAAGCGACAAGGACGGACUCUCUAUGGCUUUGGCGGAUAGGUGGUUCGGGCGAAUAGGGGGAAAUCCAUUGUCGACAUCGUCAUAGCAACGAGAAUGCGUCCGUAGCAACGUUGCUGUAUGGUCAAGGACUGAAAUCUAAGAUCUGUUUUUGGCAGCCUGUCGACAUAAUCGCAUUUUCUCCCCUGAUACUCCCACCAUGCUUCUGCAAAUGAUACACUUAUACCCGUGAAAUUUCAUUUUUCAUUUUCAUUUAUUUUCAUAUUUCUCAUGUUACAUAUACAUUUCAAAAUAUUAAUUUUUUUUUCUCAAUAAUACAUAAUAAAUAACAUAAAAAUAAGAGGUCAAUAUAUAGUACUGAUUUAACAUAGAAAUAUGAUGGGACCUGUAUCUAAGCAAGCUUGUAAAGUUGUAGGCCCCGGUGAAAUAAUUUGUGGGGAUUAAUGGAGGACGGAUAUAAAUACAAGUGAUAUGUUGCCAUUGUGUUGUAUAGUAUGGCUUCAUUUAGAGACUAUACAGACUAAUCUGAAUUUGCCAACAAGUUAUUUCUUGAACAGAAUUGGUUUUCCGUAUUUAUUUAUACAGUAAGGCAUUAUUGUAU